AUGCCUGUGUUUUACGAUGUCACCCAAGCGCUGACUAGAGAGCUGGACCAUGAAGGGGACCUGACACCCCUAGACAGCCUCAUAGACAACAAAGGCUUCAGUCUUUACGGGCUGGUGAUGAAGAAGAAGAAAAGAUCACCGUUCUUGGGAACCCGCUAUGUCCGCACCGACUACACUCUCCAGAAUGUGCUGGAGCCAGGCAGCUCCCCCUCAGAUCCAACCACCAGUGACAACUUUGGCUUUAAGAAUGAGUGGGAUGCCCAACUAGAGGGAUAUGUGGAAUUGCCAAAUAAGUUGGCAUUGAAGGGGAAUGUGGACCUGUCACAAAGGAGCAAACUGGAGGUGCAGACAUUCAGAGUGGAUCGCACAGCUCUGAAGAGCAUGUACAAGGAGAGGAAGCUGUCAGCAGACCACCCGUUCCUGAAGGAGAUGCGGGAAUACAAGCAGAACCUGUAUGUAGUGAUGGAGGUGGUGAAAGCCAAGCAGGAAGUCACUCUGGAGCGAGCUGGCAAUGCAAAUGCCAUCUUCUCUCUCACCAGCUUUGCCCCACUGGGACUACAGGGAUCCGUGAAUAACAAGAAUGAAGUAACCAUCCCCAAGGACUGUGUCCUGGCCUAUCGAGUGANACAACUGAUGGUCUAUGGAGAAGAUGAAUGGGAAAUUCCGCACAUUUGCAAGGACAGCAUGAAAACCUUUAAUACCCCGAGAAUACCCCAGAGAAAGCCAGGAGAAGGGAAGUUCAUAUGGGUGCCUGACACAUUAACUGUGCCCCUAGGGGAGAUGCACAAAGACUUCAAGACAUUAAAGGAAGAAGUUCAGCGAGAGACUCAAGAAGUGGAGAAGUUGAGUCCAGUGGGGCGAAGCUCCCUACUCACUUCCCUCAGCCAUCUCCUAGGAAAGAAAGAAGAGCUCCAGGACCUUGAGCAGAAGCUUGAAGGGGCUCUAGACAAGGGACAGGAAGUGACCCUGGAAGCACUCCCCAAAGAUGCCCUGCUGUCAAAGGACGUUAUGGACGCCAUCCUCUACUUCCUUGGGGCUCUGACAGAGCUAAGUGAAGAACAACUGAAGAUUCUAGUAAAAUCCUUGGAGAAAAAGAUCUUACUAGUGCAGCUGAAGCUGGUUGAAAGCAUCUUGGAGCAGAACUUCCUGCAGGAUAAAGAGGGUGUUUUCCCCCUGCAGCCUGAUCUGCUCUCCUCCCUUGGGGAGGAGGAACUGAUCCUAACAGAAGCACUGGUGGGACUAAGCGGCCUGGAAGUCCAGAGAUCAGGACCCCAGUACACGUGGGAUCCAGACACUCGUCCCAACCUCUGUGCCCUCUACAUUGGUCUCUCAGUCCUUCAGCUGCUAAGCAAGGAUUCCUAA